UACUGGGUGCUUUAUAUUUUUGUUACGAUCGCAAGGACAUACAAUCGAUGUUUUAGUGCAUAAAAUAUAAGCUACUAAAAAAGUAUUAUCGAAGACUAUCGGUAUUUUAAUGCGAAUCGUUGACAACCCUGUCCGAAUUUCGUAAUUCGAAACGAACUGGAGGAAUUUUAGCCGGCCUUGUGCAAAAGACAAUGUCCGCAGCGACGGAUCAGGACCCUGUGGAACUGAUGCUGAAGAAGACCGGCUGCAUAGAGCUUCACUACAAGGUCCAGGAGUGCAUCGCUGAAACGGGAGAUUGGAGGGCUUGCCAGGACAAGGUGAAGGAGUUCCGGGCGUGCAUGCAGAAGUACGUGGAGCAGCAGAGCAAGAAGUAUGCCCACGUCAAGUAG